GUUACAUAUGAUCUGAGGCCCUUACUUGUAGAAUGGAGUUUCGCUCAUUAUGCGACUUGACCAGAGUGCGAUUAGACGAAUGGAAUAGUAAUCGAGGCAGGGUCGAAACGCAGUACUAUGAGCUAAUCAAGCAGAUAGUGGAAAAUAAUCGGGCGAUUGUUUUUGAGGCAGCGGCUGUUGCUGAAGAAUUUGCUGAGGUUUUCGAAGGUCGGGCGCUAGAGCUCGUGAUACUGGACUCGAUUUUGAAACGCAAACUUGUCGAAGCUAUUACAGCGCUCGUUGCAUUUGAGGAACGCAAUCUAAGGGUAUAUGGCAUAGAAAACCGUCGUGACUUUACCCCGCCAGCAACGACUCCGUGGCAUCUCGUUCGUCCCAUUCUGAAUAAGCUCAGUCGUCUGAACAAAAUUCUCUAUUCGCUGAGGCCAGAAUUUUUACCACGUCUUAUAGCACAUGCUGAAAUGGUCAAGACUCUAAUUGCCGAAGACCAUGCUCCUGAUAUUCUUGAGCAGUUUCGCAUGUUCUUCCAAAAUGUGAAGCUCGAACGCGACGACGACCACGUCGGCGAAGACUUCGUCUCUGAUAUUCUUGAACAGUUUUGCAUGUUCUUCCACAACUUGAAGCUCGAACGUGACGACUUGAGGAAUUCAAUGAUGGGAUACUUUCCUGAAUAG